CUUGAAGCCCGACAAUGUGCUGUGCGACCUGACCACUGGAGCCCUAAAAAUUACUGACUUCGGUCUGUCAAGAAAGCUGCCAGCAGGGGAAGCAGUGUGGACUAUCUCUAGAAGUCAAAGUGGAGGGACACUCUCCUCGUCAACUGUUCCCACAUCAAGUCGUGCUGGACUUGGGGAAGCAGAAUGCGACCUGUCUCAGGUGGUGGUGAACCCAGGUACAUUUUCCGGAGGAAGCAUAAGUAGCACAACCGCUGCUGGUGCGUCAGAGAAAAACGUGUCACCAUCGGGAGAAGGUCCCUUGAUGAAGCGACGAAAGAUUGACGAGGAUCAUGUGGGCGGCGAUCCUACUCCGACUCCCACAACUAGUACGAAGAAGAUGAAGAUUCCGCUGCGAGACGCGGUUCUCGACCCUUGGAAAGUAGAGCGACGUGCAGUAACAGCUUGGUACCGAGCACCGGAGGCGUUGCUCUUCUCCGAAUUUCACAAUUUUCCGCUUGAUGUGUGGAGUCUUGGAUGCAUCUUUGCGGAAAUGGUCAUAGGGCGUGUUUUGUUUCAAGGACGAGACGAAGCCGAAAUGUUGCCGCUCAUCCUGGAAUGUGUCUUAUCCAAGUCAAAUUAUGAAAACAUUGAUGGAUGCGUCAAAAAACGAGGAGUAGAUGUAGACAGAGCUGGAGGUAGUAGUUCUGCAUCCGCGAGCAGCGGGAAUGUUGUACGGAAUAGUACGACCAGCAAUAAGAGGGCGGCAACUACAUGUGCAGCUUUUUCUGCCGCAGUUGAAGGGGAUGACGAGCAAGCAGACCGGGAAAAGAAGUUAACCUCUGCGGACCAGUUCCGAAAGGCACUUUUAGCGCGAUGGCCGCUGGCUGAAGUCAUGAACAAUUUUCAACUUUCUGAUUCUCAACAAGGGAGACUUCACUGUGCGGCCACGGGCCACAUCGUGACGCAAUCCCGUCGCUUUCCUACAUUGCCCUUAGCGGCAUUUUGGCGCUGUCCUCAGGAGACCAUCAACGACGCAAUGUCCCUCCUGCGCGUGGACACACUACCGUAUGAAGUAGCUGAAAGAGAAAUGUCAGUUCUUGACGGAGCUUCUAGUUCAAGCGGAGGCGGAGGGCGGCAGAUGCCUGUAGCAGGGGGGGGUGCGCUGGAGCUUUUUCUUAGCAUGCUGACCAUUGAUCCGCUGCAGCGCAAGCCAGCCGCUGCGUGUCUGCGCAGCGCUUUCUGCGCUAGAAAUUUGAAACCAAAGCAACUUCUCCCCUGGUGUGAUCAUGCAGGCCAAGGGGCAAACUGGAAGUGAUGCGCAAAGGACAGAACCAAACUACUUAAAGAAGGUAAGCAGGAGGGCUUGGGCUUCCAUCUAAAUUUUGGAGGAAGGCAGCAUCAAAAAAAUACAGACUCGCGACUGUCGUCAAACCGACUUCACUCUCCAAGAUCGAUAUCCUCGUCACUAUACAUGCCGUGGUAACCCACUAUGCGCGCUCUCGAGAAGCAGAGAGUCAAAGUUUCCCUUCUGGGUCUCAAUCUCAUCUCGUUUGCAUUUUCGAUUAACAAAAAAAAAGAUCAAC